AAUGAAUACAAAGUCAUCCAUCCCUACUUUUAUUCUUAAAACUUAUUAAAUGUUGGAAGUAUAAUAUGUAUUUAAUUAUUUAAGGAUCAAAAGAACACUAAUAUAAUUAGUUGGACCUCUUAAGGCACUGCAUUUAUAGUUUACAAUUAAAUUUUAUUGGAGAAAGAAGUUUUGUAGAAUUUCUUUAAGCAUAGUAAUUAUUCAAGCUUUGUAAGGUAUAUAAAUAAGAUAUAUGAUUAUAGAUAAUUGAAUUUAUAUAAUUUUAAAAAGGUGAAAUCAAAUGAAGGUUAAAUAUUCAAGCAUAAGUGCUUUCGUAAAGGCAUGAAGUAAAGUAAUGUUUAAUAAUUUAGAUCUAUGUUAUCUUUUAUCAAAAGAAAAAAUUAAGAUGAUUCAGUAGGAGGGUCUAAUAAUCUAGUUUAAGAAGAGCCAAGUAUUUCUAUUAUAUAUAUUGUGUAGCCAUACAUAUCAAGGAAGAAUAGAAUUUAUUUAAGGAAUGUGCAAUUGACAUUAAAGAAACAAACAAUAAAUUAAAAGAGGACAUGAAAUUAUUAUAAGAAACAUCUUCAUAUUUAAUUGAUUAAAUGCAAAAUCUUAAUCAUGUAUUUAUUAAAUAAGACACAAUAGUUUGUUUAUAACUAAAGUGUAGAUAUAGAGGUUAAGUUUAAAUAAGUUGGAUAAAUGUUGCAUGCAAUCAAUGAAGAAUUGAGACAAGAGAGUAAGAAUUCAAUUUAAAUUCUAGAUAAAAGUGAAACCAUAACCAAUAAAUUUUUAGAUAAAAAGGAAGAAUCAUUUUAAGAAUCAAAAGUUGGUUCUCCAAAUCCAUAUGUGGAUUACAAUAGUACAGCCCUAAAUCCAUUAGAUUAUGAGUAUUUUAUAGACUCAUUUCUAUGA